AUGAACAUCGCUAAAAAGGUAUUGAAACGCAGGCUUAUAGAUUUUCUUUCUCAAUCCAUGAAGCCUGACGCAUCCUGCGAAUGUUGUGCUAGAGGAGAGUAUGGAGGUACAGAUGCACUGGAACGAAACAGUGAAGAUAACGGAGAAAUUUGCGUUUGUGUUUCAAAGAACAGACUUGGUGAUUCAGGAGAAUCUGCAGGUGAACCAAAAUUAGUUUCUUCUGGAGCUGCAGAUGGAAUGAUUGAAAUACUUGGACAAUCUGCGGUUAAAGGAGAUGCUGCUGCUGGAGAGACAGGAGAAAUUUGA